CACUGCAUUGUGGGAACUUAUGUAAAAUCAAGAUGGGAGCUUCCUGUGCGAGAACUGUCGGUAAGAUCGGCUGGCACAUUUUGGAGUCUCCAGUAUGUCUAGCUGGAAAUAUUGCCUCUCUGGUUCCAAGGGUCUCGCUGCAUAGAUCAAGCAGGGCACAGGGAACGGGCAGUUCAGGAUUCCGAUCCAAACUGCCCUUCUCUCCUCUGCGCGGUGGCGGUGUCCUGGGUUGUGCGUUCCUGCUUGGAGGGGGACUUGGCUUGUAUAAAACAAUACAGUUGUCUGUCCAACAUCACCUUGCUGAAGAAGAAGAAGCAAAGGCUUAUUCUGAUGGUGGCCUGAAGUUGACCCUGUACCAGUACAAGACCUGCCCGUUCUGCAGUAAAGUGCGAGCUUUUCUGGACUACCAUCGGCUUCCAUAUGAGAUUGUGGAGGUCAACCCCGUCAUGAGGAAGGAAAUCAGGUGGUCAACUUACAGAAAAAUGCCAAUCCUAAUGGUGAACGAUGAUGUGCAACUGAACGAUUCCUCAGUAAUAAUCAGCGCUUUGAAGACACAGUUGGUGAGCAAAGAUAAAACCAUCUCAGAGAUUCUGCGCUGUUACCCAGAGAUGAAAGCGGUCAAUGAGAAGGGGAAGGAGGUGACAGAGUUCAACAACAAGUACUGGGUAAUGGUGAAUGAAGUUGAAGGUCAGACGAUGUACCCAGAGAAAGACUCCAGAAAAGAGGAGAUCAAAUGGCGUAAGUGGGCAGAUGAUUGGCUGGUUCACCUGAUCUCGCCCAAUGUGUACCGGUCCACUGGAGAGGCCCUGGCCUCCUUUGACUAUAUUGUCCGUGAGGGCAAGUUUGGCACUUAUGAGGGCUUCUUUGCAAAGUAUGUUGGAGCAGCUGCCAUGUUUGUCAUCUCAAAAAGACUGAAAAGUAGACACAACUUGCAGGAUGAUGUGAGACAGGAUCUGUACAAGGCAGUCAAUGAGUGGGUGGCAGCCAUUGGCAAGAAGUUGUUCAUGGGUGGAAACCAGCCCAAUCUGGCUGACCUGGCAGUGUAUGGGAUUCUGAGAGUGAUGGAGGGUCUUGAGGCCUGGAAUGACAUGAUGGAGAACACCAAAGUGAAGAGCUGGUACAGACGCAUGGAGAAAGCUACAGAAAGCCAUGAGGACCAUAACUGAUCCUGCUCAAAACAUUGACCAGCACUAGGAGACUUGAAUUCAGUAGCACUUCCAGCCCUAAGACUAAAUCUGUAGAUGUCAUGAGAUGGGAAAAGUGAUUGCGUUAAGUAAAGACUGCAUGAUAGGCAAUAACAUUUUGUCCCAAGGACCUUUUCCACCUGUUGCAAUUUACAGAAAUCUACUUCCAACCUUGAUAUAUUGUCUGUGAAAAUGCACCCAAUGAUUUGUUGAUUUUCUUCAAAAAACUGGAAGCAAUUAGCUGUUUAGAUACUUGUUUACUGUCUACCUGGUGUCCCUGCAGACUUGAACAACGUGUAUGACAUGGGUAAAACAUUACCUCUAGUCUUAGCAUGUUAGGUUCCAUUUUUAUUUGCCCCCGUUUUAUUUUCAACAAGCUAAGGUUACAGUUGAUGACUUAAUGUAAUUUUCCCUCUAGGUUUGAUCUUCCAUAAGUUAUGAAAGUAGGAAAUACACUUGUAAUGCUUUGAUGGAAAGUAUACUCAAUUAUGGCUACCUGUUUCAGGAUUGUCUUGUUUUCUACCUCAGAUGUCUGUCAGUCAGAAAAUGUAUUCUCAAUUAUGCAGGAUAUAGCUUGGUGUUAGUGUGAAAUGGGUAUAAUAAUUUGUGAGCUACCAUUGGACAAACUGGUUGAAAUUGUUAUGUAUUAACCAGCCUAAUGAUGUGCAUACAUAUAAAAAUAAGUAAACAAUGUAUCAUGUUUUAA